AUGAGAAACUAUAUAAACAUCCCAGGCUGGAUCAGCAAUUACUGCACCAACCAUAGGACUGCGAACGGUAGUUUCCUCAGAGCAAUCAUGCACUACUCCGCAUUGUGCACUCUGAGUCUCUUGACGUGCUGCCUCGCUUUUCCACUGCCCCGGGAAGCUGGAAAAAUGAAUGACCAACAAUGGGGAAAAGCACGGGAAUAUCUCAAAAACUUCUAUUCAUAUGAUCCUGAAGCACGAAUAAACAGUUUAGAAGACAAAAUAAAAGAAAUGCAAAAAUUCUUUGGCCUUCCACAAACAGGAAUUUUAAACACCAAUACCAUGGAAAUAAUUCAGAAACCUAGAUGUGGAGUACCUGAUAUUGCAGAAUUCCGUUUGUUUCCUGGGAGACCCAAAUGGCUUUCCAAAGUGGUGACCUACAGGGUUGUCUCUUAUACUCAAGACCUGCUGCCAUCAACAGUGGAUCAUUUAGUAGAGAAGGCUCUUGACAUGUGGAGCAAAGUUUCAACACUGACCUUCAGGAAAGUGAGGAGAGGAAAUGCAGAUAUUAUUAUUGGUUUUGCCAGAGGAGUUCAUGGGGACUACAAUCCAUUUGAUGGACCAGGAGGAACCCUGGCUCAUGCAUUUGCACCAGGAGCAGGAUUAGGAGGAGAUGCUCACUUUGAUAAGGAUGAACAAUGGAGUGAUGGCAGUACAUUAGGAAUUAACUUUUUAUUUGUUGCUACUCAUGAACUUGGCCAUUCCUUGGGACUAGGUCAUUCUUCUGACCCUGACGCUGUGAUGUACCCUACCUAUAUCUCCAAAGACCCAGAGGACUUCAGUCUGUCACCGGAUGACAUCAGAGGGAUUCAGAAACUUUAUGGUGAGGAAAGAGAAGAUAAUUUCAGAACAGUUACAAACUUAAUAGAAAAAUACACAUUCAACAGACUCUACAUUCCUGCUCUACCAAAGCGUUUUUAUUUUAUCAUGAAAUCCUAUGACAAUUGA